CUCGGCGUUUGGUUGUGUGUUCGCAUGCGGGUUCAAUAUGCGUAUCGAAAAGUGUUAUUUCUGUUCUGGGCCAAUCUAUCCCGGCCACGGCAUGAUGUUCGUCCGCAAUGAUUGUAAGGUGUUCAGAUUCUGUAAAUCCAAAUGUCAUAAAAACUUUAAAAAGAAGCGUAAUCCUCGCAAGGUCAGGUGGACUAAAGCAUUCCGGAAGGCAGCUGGUAAAGAGCUUACAGUGGAUAAUUCAUUUGAAUUUGAAAAACGUAGAAAUGAACCUGUCAAGUACCAGCGAGAGCUAUGGAAUAAAACUAUUGAUGCAAUGAAGAGAGUCGAAGAAAUUAAACAGAAACGCCAAGCUAAAUUUAUAAUGAACAGGUUAAAGAAAAAUAAAGAACUACAGAAAGUUCAGGACAUCAAAGAGGUCAAGCAAAACAUCCAUCUUAUCCGGGCUCCUCUUGCAGGCAAAGGAAAGCAGCUGGAAGAAAAAAUGGUACUGCAAUUACAACAGGAUGUGGACAUGGAAGAUAUUUCUUAGAAAUCUUCUGUCUGUAACCAUUUCUAUAUGUGCUUUUGAAAAUCUCUUCUUGAGACUUGGAACUUCUAAAGUAUUGCUGUAUUUUUUUUGUGAGGGCACUCAAAUGAAAGGUAAUUAAAAAUACAUUUCUCCUACAUUGCUAUCUAUAAAAUAUCAGAUGUUAUGGAUGUUAGAUUGUGUCUCAACUUUAAACCUUCACUGAUAAGUUGUACUAUGUAAAUCAUGAAAAUUCUGUUUGUAAGUAUAGAAGUGAAUUGUGGGCAUAAAAUGGUCAUGUCAUUCGGAUAAUGGCCCUAGGCAGCUUUUAUGUAAUAAGUAAUGACAAAAUUCAUGGCUAAUGAUACAUAAAAUAAAACUUUCUUUGCAGUAAGAUACUCCCUUUAUUAAUGCUAUAGAAGAGGGGCUCAAUAAGGAACUAACAAUCUGUGUGAAGAUUGACCUCAAGUGAUACUUUUAUUUUAAGAUUUCCUGUUUUGGUGUUAUUAGCAUCUUCUAUGAGCAUUUUGGCCCCCGGAGAUUGAGGCCUAAUUAUAAGUGUUCUGCUAGCCAGUUGUGGAUGUUAUAGGUGAGAGCUGAAUAAUCUUUUCUUGAAAUGGCUCUAAACUUGAUUAAUUUCCACGAACUUGAGAUUCCUGGUGGGACAAGCUUUAUUUUUCCAGCUUGGCACUAAUUUAGAAGCAGAGGAAUCCCAGUGCCUUUUAAAAUUUGUUGCGUUGUUUUCUUUACAAAAGCCUUGUUUUUGGAAAAUAGAGCUUAUGGGUAGAGUGUUGGUUCAUUAUUUGCAUAUGAAAUAAAAUCAUUUCUAAAG